AUGAAAGAUUCUGUAACAGUUUUGCAAUCAGAAAAUACAAAUCUUGCUGAUUGUUAUCUACAUCUUGUUAAGUUAGCUGUUUCAAUUAAAAGAAAUUCAAUCAAUACAAAUUCUAAUUUUAAAAAAUUUUGUACUAGAUAA